ACUAGAUGUCGUUAGUAGUAUUAAUAAACAUGGAGCUGUCAAGUUGACUUGGAGACUGAAACCUCCACCAAAUCUUUAUAUUGUUUGGAUGGGUCAAGUGACAGGGCCAUGGAACUGAUGAUGUUGGAUGGUAUCUAGUUAGUUUGACAAGAUGGAUUCAAUAAUAUUUGAUAUUCACUAGAAAAGCAACACCUGAACUUCAGCUUUUUUUUGUUAAAGAUGGAUUUCAUUUGUUUUUAUUUGAUGUACUGUAGUUGAUUUUAGUGGAAUUAGUUUUUACAUUAGUUGUUUUAUUUGUGUGAUAAAUUACUGUGAUAGACUGAAAAUGGCAGAAGCAAGUUUAAUGUCACUGUUGGAGGCCAUGUUGGCUCUUGCUGCACGUCCAGCACUAGUUACCAGACCCACAAUUAAUGUUAAGGCUGGGGGAUAUCCUGAAGAGUUAUUUUUAGACAUGUCAGAAGAGCAGAAAGAAGAAGUUGAAUGCUGCAUUUGUUAUCAAGUUCUUAAAGAAGUGAUGGAAUGCCGAAAUAAACAUAAAUUCUGUUACACCUGUAUUCAAGUAUGGUCAACUACUGGAGAAUAUCUCAAUAGAAUCAGAUGUCCAGUCUGUCGCUGUGAAGGUCAUUACUCACGCAAUCCUGACCUUGAUUUAAAAAUUGAGAUGAAACGUGUCAAAUGUUCGAUGGAUGGAUGUACAUGGAAGGGUCUAUUAAGAUAUUCUGGUACUCACAAACAUUCCAAUUAUCAAGCUCAGUCCUCUAGCUCCUCCACUACACCAAAUCUUCCACAGCUCAAAACUAAUUCACAACGACCUUCAGAUUCAAUGUCAAGGUUACAGCCUCGUUCACUAGUAAGGUCAAGACUAACACCAUCAACCAGUGACAGAAAUAACAACCUUGUAUCAAGAUCCACUUCUGUUGAUGCUGAAGCAGUAGCAUUAUCUCAAGAAAUUAACAACAAUGCAUUCUUAGAAUCAGAGCCCACAUCUCCAAUAGCACCCAUCCCACCACAAACCCCACGGCCUUCAAAUCUGACUCGUCGUCGAGUUCCAACUCUACCUUCCCUUGUCCACAACUCAUCUUUAAGUCCACUGCCACCAGCAGUUGCCCCAGCAUCAACUCAGCCAUCUAUUACAGGCACAGGUCUUCUGUCUCGAAGAAGAGCUAGUCAAGGUCAAGCACCAACGACCUUCAGUGCAGCAUCUGGCAACCUUACCACAGUUCGAGAUCGUCUGGUUGAGUCAAGAAAUCGACUGCAAGGACUUGUGUCAUCCUUUGGAGAGGAUGAUGAUAGACAAGUACCAGAAGUUGAGACAUUCCAUGAAGAGCGGGAGUAUAACCGGCAACAACAGAUGCAAGAAGUACAUGAACUUGGCAGACGUCUAGGUCAGGUUGCUAGGGAACUACGUGAGCUUUUGGAUCAUCGUAGAAAUAAUCGGUCUCAGAGCACCAGCAGCAGUGAAAGUGAUGACUAAUUAUUUUAAGGUGCUGGAAUCUAAAUUAUUAUAUAAAGUUGGAUGAAUAUCUUCAUUUUUUCUGGAUUUUUGACAACUUAUUUUUUGAUUAUAUGCAUUAAAGAGAUAGCGUAGUGAAUAAACCAGCAUGAUUUUGUUGAAAUCAUUUGUAAUAAUUACUUUCAUUUUGAACUUGAAUAGAUCUUUAUCAUCACUCUGAUGAUCAGAGAUUGACCAGAGCUUUUUGGAACAACAAUCACUAGAAAAAGUUUUAUGCAAUUUUUGUGGAAUUGCAGGAACCACAGACGUCUUAUUGAAAAUUGGAAUGGUGCAAAUUGAUGCUAUCAGUGCCCUGAUACACAUAAAAUAUUUGGAAUACCUCUUUAAAAGACAAAAUAGUGAUAAAAGUAGCCCUAUACAAGCGGUAUGAAGGCUAGUUUCUGGAUGUGGAAUAAGCAGAAUAACAAGUUUGAACUCAAAAAAGUAUUAUUUGUAUCAUAUGAAUUUGAUAUAUAAUCUUAUUUUGUGUGCUGUGAUAUGUAUAUAGACAAUGAUUAUUAUUACUGUUAUUAGGACAAUCAUUGUUCACUUCAGAAUAUAGUGAAUUGCAAAAAUUUAAAUUAACUAAAUUCAAAUUCCAUUAAAUGUCUGUCUUGAUUAUACUUAUCUCAUAAAAUACCAGCAAAAUUAAGUGGUUUUUUUUUGUGCUUUGAAGAAAUUGUGAUAAGGUUUAGUGUAGAUUUUGUUUUUGAUAAACUUUGAGUAUUUACUAUAUAGCAUUGAUAAUUGCCUUUUGUUUUAGUUUUUCGAUUAAAGGCAUAAGUUAAAGUAGCCCAACAACCUUGGCCCUAUCCAGUUCCAGGAGGUGACAAUAUCAUAUAUGAAUAUCACGUUUGAAGAUCUGGGUAGGUUCUGAGUUGUCAUGCUGAGGUAAA